GUGAGUGAAGCACCGCGCGCUCGCUGUCAGUUUUAAAGUGACGGAGAUGACUGAGGAGCGCGAGAGGUCACGCGCCGAGCCCCCGUGCAGUCCGUGCAGCUCCGCGUGUCAAGAGUCCGACUCCGACGCGCCGCUGUCGCCCGCUGGAUCUGACGGACACGCGUCAGUCGUUAGGAAACCGGAGGACGCGGAUGCGCGAUUCCCGGCGUGUAUCAGGGACGCGGUGUCGCAGGUGCUCAAAGGCUAUGACUGGUCUCUCGUGCCCAUGCCAGCGCGAGGCGGGAGCGCGCUCAAGAGUAAACCGCACGUGAAGCGACCGAUGAACGCCUUUAUGGUUUGGGCUCAAGCCGCGCGCAGGAAACUGGCAGACCAAUAUCCUCACCUGCACAACGCCGAGCUGAGCAAAACCCUCGGCAAACUCUGGAGACUGUUGACAGAGAACGAAAAGAGACCGUUUGUGGAAGAAGCCGAGAGACUGAGAGUCCAGCACAAGAAAGAUCAUCCGGAUUAUAAAUACCAGCCGAGGCGACGGAAAAGCAUCAAGCCCGGACAGAGCGAGUCUGAUGCUGGAUCUGAUCUCGCCCAUCACAUGUAUAAAGCUGAACCUGGAAUAGGGCAUGUCGUGGGUUUAUCUGAUCACCACACGGGUCAGGGACCCCCAACGCCACCAACUACACCAAAAAUUGACCUUCAUGGAGGGAAGCAAGAUUUGAAGCACGAGAGAAGACGCCUGCUCGACGGCACUCGACAGAACAUUGACUUCAGCAACGUGGACAUUUCCGAGCUCAGCACAGAUGUCAUCGGCAACAUUGAAACCUUUGAUGUCCAUGAGUUUGACCAGUACUUGCCCCUUAACGGGCAUACCGGAGUCGCGUUGAGCUCAGAACUCGGACACGGGCAGAACGUCGGCUCGGGAGGAGCUUACGGCCACGGCGCGAGCAAUGGGGCGGCCUGGAGUCGCAAAGGGGCUGCGACCUCCACGUCAUCCGGUACGAGUGAAGCGGGACAGCACAGACCGCAUAUUAAAACCGAGCAGUUGAGCCCAAGUCACUUUGGUGAGCACUCGCCCUCGCGCUCCGAGUACGACACGUACGGCGCGCAGACGUGCGUCACGUCCAACACCCCUUCAUUCUCCAACACGCCGUGUGACUAUACAGAUCUUCAAAACUCCAACUACUACAGCCCUUAUUCCAGUUACCCUUCCAGUCUCUACCCGUACCCAUACUUUCAUUCCUCACGGAGACCCAUACUCAAUGGCUUUUCCAUCCCGCCCUCACACAGCCCCACAGCCAACUGGGAUCAGCCGGUUUACACCACAUUAUCCAGGCCGUGACGUUUCUGACCCACUCUGUACUAUUGAAGGAGAGCGUUAGUUGAGAAGACAUUUAUGCCAACUGACACACAAAACAUGAUUGCCCGCUGACUUUUCAUGCUGUUCGAUCACGUUUGACCUUAAAGGAAUUUUCAUUUACAUUCUGAAUUUCAGUUCUGGAAAGAAAUGGAAGUUAAAAAAUCACUAAAAUUCAUGGAAAUUUCAAAGUAAUUUUUCUCAACAUUGACGUAAAUGUUCAUUUGGUUUUGAGGGCAGUCUCUAUAAAGCUAAUUGUAAAGUUUCUUGAAAAUGAAUUGAGUCAAAAGAUCCCAUGAUGAAUUAGUGCCUAUUCAGCCGAAGGAAAUCCUCUCUGAGAGCACCUGUCGCUCCUGUCCCGCGUCUCUCUACACAACUGAAUUGUGUUGCAUUAGUAAAACACGUGUGUGCAAAGAAACAGACGUCUGAGCAACAUACAGAGACGGAAAAAUAAUAAACUCAGCCCAAAUGAUACAUUCCUUUACUGAAAAUGAAACAGAAAAAACUGGCUUGACAGCAUACUUGUGGGUAAAAAUAUCAAUCAUGUGUCCAUUCCAUAUUAUUUUAAAGCCUCUGAGAGACUAAAACUUAGGGUGAUUCAGCGGUUCUGUUCAUGGUACUGAGAGAAUUAAGAUCAGUCAUGGGACCACAGCUGCAGCAGGACAUCAUUUAACAUCACUGGUGAUCACCAACUGUCUGAAAACAUUCAAUAUUAGUUUGAGCGCACAUAAACAUGUCUAAGUCUCUUUACAUUUUCACUGAGGACUUUAAUAAUUGCAGUUUUUAGGCUUUUCAUCUGUCCUCACAAGGUUAUUGUCUGUGGUUUUGUCUUGCGUUCAUUUCAUUUCUGCAUUCCUACAGCAUUUAGUUUUUAACACAGUGCUUCUAAAUGCUUUAUGUAAAACUUGUGUUAUGUUUAGUGUGUUUUUUUUAUAGAAACAUUUUGAUGGGUGUGACACGUAAACACACAAGCAGUGUUUUAUUUACAUGUAAUUUUUUAAUGACUGCAGUGAAUCUUUCGUUUGUGUUAACAGAAACAUUCUUGCUAAUAUUAAUUGCUGGCAAUUUUUGUUAAAAAAAUAAAGUUUUCCCUC